AUGCCUCCCGUUGCUAUAGAGAAUGGCGCAUCGGACGACCUCAAGUCUGAGGGCUCUGCUUCCUACCGCACCACGAUGCCAGCCGGUGAUUUCAGCUGGCAAAUCACGCUGGCGCAGAAGGUGGUUGUCAUCACGGGUGCCAACCGUGGAAUUGGGCUUGGUAUCGCCGAGGUCUGCUUAGCGAAUGCUGCAAAAGUGGUUUACUCUUUCGAUCUGAUGGAGCCGGGCGAGGAUUUUGAGGCUUUACAGAAGCGUUUCUCCAACUUGCGCUACAUUCAGACAGACGUUACCUCAGAAGAAAGUAUUGAGAAGGCCGUCAAUCAGGUAGUAGAGGAGACGGGUCGAAUCGAUGGCUUGGUGGCCAAUGCCGGAAUGACAAAACACCAACCCGCCCUCCAGUUUGAACGACCCGAGUUAGAGAAAUUGUUCAAUCUCAAUGUAUUCGGUGCCUACUUCUGCGCUCAGAUUGCUGCUCGCAAAUUCAUUGAGCUCGGUAUCAAGGGUUCGAUCGUCAUGACAUCCAGCAUGACCUCCUAUCGGCCUAACAGGGCUGCCCCCUCGGCACCCUACGGUGCGACCAAGGCUGCCGUUCGCAACAUGUGUCACACUCUUGCCAUGGAGUGGAGCAAGCACGGUAUCCGGGUCAACAGCAUUUCACCGGGCUUCGUUCGAACAGCCAUGACCUACUAUGUCGAGAAAUCCCCCGAUUGGGAUUUGAAGAUGCAAUACUAUGGCGGUAUGCCACGUUUGGCCGAUCCCAGAGAGCUUGGUGGUGCCUACGUCUACCUGCUAAGUGAUGCAAGCUCAUAUACAACUGGCAUUGAUAUUCCCAUUGCUGGUAUUGUUGGCGCAUGGUAA